AUGCGGGCCUCUCUCUUUCUCUUCGCUCCCCUCGUGGGUGCCGCUGUUCUCAACCAUCGAGACAACAUUGAUCAGUGCCCUGGCUACAAGGCCGUCAAUGUCAAUGAGCAGGGCCUGAAAUUCACGGCCGACCUCACUCUGAACGGUGAUCCUUGCAAUGCAUACGGCGAUGACCUGCAGGAUCUGAAGCUUCUCGUGGAGUACCAGGAUGAUGACCGUCUUCAUGUGAUGAUCUACGAUGCGGAUGAGGAUGUUUACCAGGUCCCCGGCUCUGUCGUUCCUCGUCCCAGCCCUAACGGUAGCCACAAGAAAGGCCAGCCUUCUCUGCGAUUUGACUACCAGCCAGACCCCUUCAGUUUCCGCGUUCUGCGCGAUACUGAAGACGGCGAUGAGCAGGUUCUAUUCGACACCACUGAUACCAACAUCAUCUUUGAAUCCCAGUAUCUAAACCUGCGUACCUGGCUGCCAACUGAUCCCAACCUGUAUGGACUGGGUGAGCACACCGACUCACUGCGUCUGCCCACUACUAACUACACACGGACUCUCUGGAGUCGUGAUGCUUAUGGCGUGCCCUCUAACACGAAUUUGUAUGGUAAUCACCCUGUCUAUUUCGACCACCGCGGUGAUGCUGGCACCCACGGAGUCUUCUUCUUGAACUCGAAUGGCAUGGACAUCAAGAUCGACAAGACCGAUGAUGGUCGUCAGUUCCUGGAGUACAAUACUCUGGGCGGAGUAUUUGACUUUUACUUCAUGGCGGGGCCGACUCCUAAGGAUGUCGCCAAGCAAUACUCAGAAGUCGUGGGUCUGCCUGCCAUGCAGGCCUACUGGACCUUCGGUUUCCAUAAUUGUCGAUAUGGAUAUCAGGAUGUCUACGAUGUUGCUGAAGCGGUGUACAACUACACUCACGCUCAUAUUCCCCUAGAGACCAUGUGGACAGACAUUGACUACAUGGAUGCCCGACGUGUUUUCACACUGGAUCCGGAGCGCUUCCCCCUUGAGAAGAUGCGUGAGUUGGUGAAUUAUCUUCACCGACACCAUCAGCAUUACAUCGUCAUGGUGGACCCAGCUGUUAGUGCCAGCGACAAUGGCGCUUUUAACCGAGGCAAAGAGGCAGAUGUCUUUUUGCACCGCCCUGACUCGCCCGACUCGAUCUUUGAAGGUGCCGUCUGGCCUGGCGUUACCGUCUACCCAGACUGGUUCAACCCCGACACAACGCAGUCGUGGUGGAACGACGAGUUCAAGAGAUUCUUCAACGAGCAUGACGGAGUCAACAUCGACGGCCUCUGGAUUGAUAUGAACGAAGCGGCGAACUUCUGUCCCUACCCAUGCAGUAACCCUGAGCAGUACGUCAAGGACAACGAUCUUCCUCCUGCACCUCCGUCCGUACGCCAGCCGCCGCGCACUAUUCCAGGUUUCCCCGAUGACUUCCAGCCCAAGAAGAAUGGCAAGCAGCGUCGUUCUACUGGACGCAAGGUUGGUCUGUCGAAUCGUAAUCUCAUUUCGCCGCCUUAUGAAAUUGCGAAUGCUGCUGGGUCGCUCAGCAACAAGACCAUCAAUACUGAUAUCAUCCAUGCUGGUGAUGGGUACGCCGAGUAUGAUACUCACAACCUCUACGGUACUAUGAUGAGCUCUGCCUCGCGCGAGGCCAUGCUGCUUCGCCAGCCCGCGGUUCGCCCUCUCGUCAUUACUCGUAGCACCUUUGCCGGCGCAGGCUCUCACGUCGGUCACUGGCUCGGAGACAACCUCAGCCAGUGGGACAAGUACCGCGUCUCUAUCGCUGAGAUGCUAGCCUUCGCCUCAAUCUUCCAAAUCCCCAUGGUGGGCUCCGACGUCUGCGGUUUCGGCGGCAACACAACCGAAGAGCUCUGCGCUCGCUGGGCCACCCUCGGCGCCUUCUAUCCAUUUUACCGCAACCACAACGAGCUAGGCAGCAUAGAUCAAGAAUUCUACCGCUGGCCCGUCGUCGCCGACGCCGCGCGCAAGAUAAUCGACAUCCGCUACCGCCUCCUUGACUACCUCUACACAGCCUUCCACCGCCAAACCCAAACAGGCGAACCCUUCCUCCAACCUCUCUUCUACCUCUACCCCAACGACGCAAACACAUUCUCCAAUGAAGGCCAAUUCUUCUACGGAGACUCCCUUCUCAUCUCCCCGGUCCUCGAUCAAGGCUCAACCUCCGUAGAUGCCUAUUUCCCCUCGGACACAUUCUACGACUGGACAACCGGCGCCCGCAUCACAGGCAAAGGCAAAAGUAUCAAACUAUCCAACAUCGCCCUCACUGACAUCCCAAUGCAUAUCCGCGCAGGUAGUGUUCUCCCACUCCGCUCCAAAAGCGCAAUGACAACUACGGAACUACGCACACGGGGCUUCGAACUCGUCAUCGCGCCAAACGAGGACAACUUCGCCUCGGGCGAACUGUACCUGGAUGAUGGCGAAUCUCUGAACCCGACGGGGACAUCCCUCAUCCAUUUCACAUUCAGUGAGAACAAGUUGCAUCUCCGUGGUGACUUCGGAUACCAGGGUAAUGUGGUUGUUGAGACUAUCACGUUGUUGGGUCAGAAGAAUGCUGGAUCUCGUCGGGACGUUGGCGUAGACUUUGACGAGAAACGCCAGGCGCUUUCAAAGGCUGUUAAUGUUCAGUUGAGUGGGCCGGCCGUUAUUGAGCUUUGA